AACACUGAKUGAAUAUUUUUAAUAUUAUAAGUCAACGAUGUCCUUAUUACGCAGUGUUCUCAGUUUAAUAGCGCUUACAAAGCCUAUUAAUACUGCCGGUACAGUUCAAACACGGCGAAACUUCAAACGCUGGGUCUCGCCAACGUUACGUGAGCUUGCGCAUCGCGUUAAAAAGCAAGGUCCACAAAAACCAGAGCCGCGCUCUGGAUUUGUUGAAUGGAACUAUCGCUCAGAGCUAUUUGCAUUUGGCAAGAGAUUGAAUGAGGAAUUUCAGUUGCCGAUUCUCCAGACAGCAUUCACACAACAAGCCUAUGCGAACCAGGAGCAGGAGCGCCAGCGGAAGCUUGGAAUUGCAGAGGCUGAUUUGCAAAUAAGCGACAACGAACAACUAAAAGCUAAAGGCGCACAUAUAGCUAGGGCUUACGUAGAGGCCUAUUUGCAGCAUUCACUACCCAAGUUGCCACCAGCCGGACAAAAAGCGAUUGCCUCGUACCUGUUAAGCACUGAAACGCUUGCGCAUGUAUCCAUGMAUCUAGGCACCAAAGAACUUAUCUUUUCCGCUGAGUAUCCACCAAGCAGCGAGACGCUUGCCGAAACACUACAGGCUAUCAUUGGUGCCUUAGCGGAUUCAAGUGGUGUGGAUCGCGCAUUUCUGUUUGUGCGUGAUUUUAUUUGCACACAACUAAAUCAAAAGGAUUUGUUGGAUAUAUGGACUCCUGAGCAACCAUUGGAGCUGCUAAGCGAAAUCUGCAACCAACGGAAAUUGGGUGAACCGGAGCCCCGUUUAUUGGGUGACUGUGGCAAAAACACACUUCUGGCUGCUUUCCAARUCGGUAUUUAUGCAGAUCGCCAGCUGUUGGGCAAGGGAUUUGGUGAGAAUGUUCAGACAGCUACAGAGACGGCCGCUAUUGAUGCAUUGCAAUCACUCUUUGACAUGCAUGAGAAUCGGCGCCCAUUUGACUUUCAAAUACAACUGGAGACCAAAAAUGUGAGGCUGGGUUAGAUUAGGAAUUGCUAAUAAAUUUUUUUAUUUGCCCUAAACACAUGUACUUCCUGAAUGGUCAAAUAAUAUUGAGUUGUAAUAAUAA